AUGAUUCAGGUCUGGCUGCAGGUCUAUUUUCCUGAGCUAAGGUUUCCAGAUAUAGUUCUGCCUGAGGAUCAGGUUCUGGCUCAACCAUUGUUGUCGGCAGAAGUCCCCAAGCGAUCAAUUGAUGAAUACCUGAUGAUCUUCAGGCAUUGUACCAAAAGGUCUGCAGCGCAGUGGCAGGUGGUGAUCAGGAGGACCUAUCCUUGGUUUCAGCCUGGACAUCGUCUGUUCGAGAAGGAGCCAGAAGAAGAGUCUGCCAGGACUGACUUUAGGAAGAAGUUCCUAAGUGUGACCUUACCCAGAGAUCUGCCUCAUGGAGGAGGAAAGCCUCCAAAUUAUCAUCUAGGGGCAGAGGUCUACCAUCCCAACUUCUGUGCAAGGCAACUUGGCUGCCCUCAGCUUAUACCCCUCAAGUCAUACAGAAGCUGUAAUCGGGGCUCUUCUUGGAGGGACGCAGAUGACUUGGAGGUCCACAAAGAUGCCAGGUGUGCAGUGAAUAAGAUCAACAAUAGUGCAGAUGCUCUUUAUCCUUCCUGGGAAUUGAACUCCUGCAGUUCUGUGGAGUUUGAUGCCUGGUGGAAAGCCAGAUUCCGUGAUCUGCCUGCUUCCAGCACCGCACUUCAGGUCCUUUUUAAGGGCUGGGACAAUUGGAAUGUCCAUUCAGACGACGAGACUCACAGAUUCAUGGUGCAGACCAUCAAAGACGUCAAUAUGCAAGUUAUAGAAGAUCCUUCUUUGACAAAGAAUAUAGGCAGCCAACCAGCCAAAAGUGGAGAGGUGUUUGUUAAUUCUGUUAUUGCUACUGGGGAUCUGGAGCUGCCCUCCGGGGAUGGAGAAGAGGAAGAAGAAGAGGAGGAGGAUCAGGCAGAACAGACUCCUGUUGAGGUCACUUCUCCUGUUAAGAGAAAAAGAAAAGAGACUGCCCAGUCUGUGGCUCCAGUUGGAAGUCCUUCUCCUCCUCUGACUAAGUCAAAAAGACUUAGAAAGAAGGUUGUAGAGGAAUACGUGGCCCCGGAGGGAACUGGGGCAGUUCCUACCACCACCUCUGGCACGGAUGAUGAUCUGAGAGAGGCUUUCGAAGCUGUGGAGCAAGAAAGGGAGCUGGAAGAGGUAGGAGGGGAGCCCCAGGAGAAGGCCAAAACAGUGGAAGAAGAUGAGGAAAUUCCUGCUGAGGUGAUAGCGGAGAGCAUUGCCUUGGCUCAGAAGCAGCAGGAAGACGUAGGGGCAGGGCUGACCAACUCAGAGGUGGCCCUUUUUGACGAUCCAGAGGCGGAACAUUCUACUGCCGCUCCAGCAGCUGAGGACCAAGUGGAACAAUCCGGAUCGGAGCCUGGGGAUCAGGCAGAACAAGUGGUUCCUGCUCCUGAAACCGUAGCAGGAGUGGCUGCUGCCGUUCCUGGGUUUAUGGGGAGUUCUGUCCUUAUUCUGUCUUUUUCCAUUUCAUGUGGUUUCGUUCUGUCCCUCGGUCCCUCUGACCCUCAAAUCUUUACAGGUGGGAGCACAAAGAACUGCUGGGACCUUGGCGGUGAGGACCACCCCCUUGCAGCCUCCGAUUGUUGCUGUGAGUGUUCUUUGUACUUCUAUCUUCUUUUUGUCUCUGCCCUGUCCUUGACUUUAUGCUUCCUUCUGCAGAUGCCUAUUCAUUCUCUUGCAGGUUCAUCUGCCACGGCUUCUUUUGCUGACCCGGAGCUGGCAGAAUUUGAGGCCAUGGACCUAGAUGCCCAGCUGGAUAAGUUGGAAAAGCUCAGCUCUCCUAUUGGUAAGAUAAAGUCCAGGGCAGUGGAAGAAGCAAUGGAGAGACUGAAGAUCUGGCAGUCUGCUGAAUUGGAGCUGGAUGAGGACAGAGAGGCCUUUGAUCAACUGAUGAAGGAUCUGGAUCUGCUGCAUAGACAGAACAUGGCCCCAAGACCUAUCCUUGAGAUGAGCCUUGUCUUGGCGAGGGAUGUGCUCACCCUUCACGACCGUUAUGAAGAUCUGAAGCCUACCUUCAAAACCUCCGAGUUCUGCAAGGCCACUCAUGAAGCCAACUUGGCUGAUUUUGCAAAGCAGAAGGCAGAACUGGACCAGAUGGUUGCGGGGUAUAAAGAAGCCAAAGCUGCUGGGGAUAAAUUGGAAAAAGAGAUUGCAGAACUUCAAAAACAGCUGGCAGAGCGGGAAGUGCAGCACAGGCUCGGGGCUGGAUUGAGUUCUAAGACCAAGGCCACUUUCCUUGUGCAGAACAUGGUUGCAGCUUCUAGGCCAGCCCUGGAGAUUGCAGAAGCUUCAAUUCAUCAGGGUGUGCUGCUCCAAAAGGAACUUUCUACCAAGAAGACUAACCUGCAAGAGACUCUUAGAAAACUAGGGUUUUGA